UUUAGCUGUGACAACACGACUCUCGACAAAUGUUCAAUUCUGAGUUCAAACCAAUCAAUGUUCAGCUCAUACUCCUUCUACAAAUACUACCUGCCUUUCCCUUGCACAACCAUGCCUACAACUGAGCCCACUACGAACGCGGUAACCACCGACGGUCCUGAUUCUAACAGUACUAUUAUGAUAACAACUCAGACACCACCGGAACCGCCUUUCAAGUACAUAUACAGCGGCAAUAUUCGAUUCUGUGACACAACUACCACGCGGUGGAUAUGGGGGCUGGUUCUAGUGAUAUGUAUACCUCAUGCCCUUGUAUUCCUGCGCUCUCUGUAUAGGGUUAUGUUCCGAUCUAAACAGACGCCAACACCAGGGGCAUUCAUUUUUGU